AUAGUGCAUAAUAUACAGUACAUAGAGCAUAGUAUUCAGUACAUAGUGCAUAAUAUACAGUACAUAGAGCAUAGUAUUCGGUACAUAGUGCAUAGUAUUCAGUACAUAGAGCAUAGUAUUCAGUACAUAGAGCAUAGUAUUCAGUACAUAGAGCAUAGUAUUCAGUACAUAGUGCAUAAUAUACAGUACAUAGAGCAUAGUAUUCGGUAUAUAGUGCAUAGUAUUCGGUACAUGGUGCAUAGUAUUCGGUACAUGGUGCAUAGUAUUCGGUACAUGGUGCAUAGUAUUCAGUACAUAGAGCAUAGUAUUCAGUACAUAGAGCAUAGUAUUCAGUACAUAGUGCAUAAUAUACAGUACAUAGAGCAUAGUAUUCGGUAUAUAGUGCAUAGUAUUCGGUACAUGGUGCAUAGUAUUCGGUACAUAGUGCAUAGUAUUCGGUACAUGGUGCAUAGUAUUCGGUACAUGGUGCAUAGUAUUCAGUACAUAGAGCAUAGUAUUCAGUACAUAGAGCAUAGUAUUCAGUACAUAGUGCAUAAUAUACAGUACAUAGAGCAUAGUAUUCGGUAUAUAGUGCAUAGUAUUCGGUACAUGGUGCAUAGUAUUCGGUACAUGGUGCAUAGUAUUCGGUACAUAGAGCAUAGUAUUCAGUACAUAGUGCAUAGUAUACAGUACAUAGUCCAUAGUAUUCGGUACAUAGAGCAUAGUAUUCGGUACAUAGUCCAUAGUAUUCGGUACAUAGAGCAUACUACCGAUUCUUCAGAGCCGUCCUUCGGCUUCGGCUCAACUGUAACGGAGAAAAGCAUCAAACAACUAGAAGUGAUAGUAAAGUAA